ACUCAUACCCUCAUGGUGACUUGGAUGACUCAGAACAAGAUCUGGAAGCUAUAGGAGCUUUUGUACCCACGACACGUUAAGACGGGUUCCUUCAAGGAUGGCUUGAUGUUGAAUUCUACCCUUAGCCAGGGCCGCGCAGUGGACUUUGGACCGGGCAACACCCACAACUCUUUGCUUCCCAACGUUAACGACCAUGCCUCCAAUCUGGAGAAUGACUCCCGAUGAGCUGAAGGAAAAUCUUACUCGACUGACUGUUAUUCUUCAGAGGUCAAUGGACCAUGCGUCUCAGCACAGGCUGAUCAACCAGGUAAUUCCACUCCUACAACCCUACUAUGACGAGGCUGUUGUGUUAUGGGAGCAUCACUGGUUGGGGAUUGUCCCUGCCAUGGUUGAUUCAGACGCGCGCCGCAAGUGGUUCCAAGAUGUCGACGAGGCUCUCCGUGAAGAUCGAGUUCCUGCACCUGACGAUAUCACGUCGUGGUGUCUCCGUGCCUUUGUCGCUUUUGCUGCACUGCAGGCUAUGCACACUCAUGACAUGGGCUAUUUGGAUGAACGAGUGAACGGGAGCAUUAAGCAACAUGUCAUGAGAGAAUCCUACAUUCAGAUCGCAGGAGGACCACCACCGACCCCGGUUCCUCAGCCCAUUCCACAAACUGGAAUAAACCUAGUUGGCACGAAGCUUCAUAUGAAGGACUUGAACACAGGACACGAUACAGAAUACGAAGUCGUCGACUAUGGUCACGCUACUCUUAGUGGUGAUAUAUAUAUUCUUGAAUAUAUGACGUUGGGAGGGCCUCAAACUCGCAUCGUCUCACAGGAGGAGUUAUUAGAGGAACUGGCAUCACAACAAUCAUCGCGUCGUUGAAUCCCAGUCAUUCCCAUUGUUCCCCAUCUACAGUCUACAAGUCCUCUAAUAAUAUCUUUAUCUUUACUCUCCUCAUGCGAUCGAUUUGCUCUCCACUCGCUAAAUAUUAUCCACACUGGUAAGCUCGGGGUGUUGUGUCCCUAAGAACGGAAGCCUUGACCUUGACCUCGAUUAUU